AUGAUAGGAGCCGCAUAUGUUUUGGGGUAUAAAAUAGAUGCUGUGAACUUACCAUUUGAUCCCUUGCUAUGGCCAGUCUUGAAAGAGAGUCCGAGUCAAGAUUCAGAGAAGGAGAUUGCUAGAAUUAAAGAUCGACUUCUAGGCUCACAAAUUCAAGGAGUUGGUCGUCAUGGCAAGUAUUUUUGGCUAAGACUAAGGCCAUUAGAAACGGUAAAGAGUAAUGUUUUGUUGAUGCAUUUUGGAAUGACUGGGAUGAUUAAAAUAAAAAAUGUAAAAUCACAUUUAGUUUUUAUGGAAAACGGCGGGGAUAAAAAGUUUCUUGCAAAGGAGGAUGAUAAAAAGGCCGAUGCUGAGGUGCAAGCGCAGGCGCAGACGCAGAAAGUGGAGCUGGAUAAAGAUUGGCCACCAAGGUUCACAAAGUUCGACCUACAAUUAGUAAAACAAGGUGGUGAAGCAACAUUAGAGGUGGCCUUUGUAGAUCCAAGAAGACUCGCACGAAUACGAUUGAUUGAUGACGAAAGGGCUCAAACUGACGAGGGCUUGUUGCAAACCCCCCCCUUGAACUUGUUGGGCCCGGAUUAUAGCAAGCUGCCAAAGUUUAUAAAAUCUCAUCUGAAAUUCGUUUUUGGAGAUCCCGAUCCAGACAAUCACGGAAGGCCGCGACUAAACAUUCAUGAUUUCAACAAACUCGUUUUAUCCAGAAAGAAAGCUAUAAAAAGCUUGCUUCUAGAUCAAGCUUUUUUUGCUGGAGUUGGGAAUUGGGUGGCUGACGAAGUCUUGUUCCAUGCCAAAGUGCACCCAAAUGAAGUUCUAUCUAGUGAGAUACAAUACAAGUCUGGUUUGAUACAUCCCGUGAUCCAAAGACUAUACGAUUCGUUGAUAUAUGUCUGUGAAGAGUCUGUCAAGGUUGAAGGGUCUGUUCGCCAUUUUCCAGAGCAUUGGUUAAUGCGUCAUCGAUGGGGUAAGGCACGUAAAAAACAGGGCCCAUCAAGAACACACGAGGGAUUUGUAUUGGAUCAUAUAACGGUAGGAGGAAGAACCAGUUGUUUUGCCCCUGAGGUUCAAAAACUUUUGAAGCUGGAAGAAACAGUAAAGCAGGAACCUAAAAAGAGGAUUAAGCAACUGAAAAAUAAACAAGUUGAAGAUGAUGAUACCGAGAUUAAAUGUGGUGCAAAAAGAAAGAGGCAAGGGAAAACUGUAACGCACACCGCAGCUAGUGAAAAUGAAGUUAAAAGAACAAAGAGAACAAAAAAGGCAAGUGAAGAUGGUAAUAGAAGUGAUAGACCUAUUAGAAUUUCCCCUAGAAGGAGAGUUAUUAAGUAA